AUGUGCACGUUUGAUGUCUUAAUCAGGUCAUUUGGAGCUAAUUGGAACAUUGCCUAUCACUGGAGACUAGUUGAGGAAGGAAAGACUCUGUCUGCCCCAUCUUUCGUCUGGAGGUGGUUUCAUGUCAUUCGGACCAGCGGUUCAGAAGAUACGACGAUAUUGGUUGGACUCGACCCACCAGCUCGACCGGCCAGUUUCCAACUCGAUCGAGCUGCUUUCCAGGAGUCAAAGUCAAACCCGAAAAAUGUUGCUUCCCUUUGA